AUGAUAUUGAAAUAUUCCCAGUAUGCUACGCAAGUAAUGGAACAACGAUCACUCACAAAGAUAGUUGAAGCAAGCAUUAGAUAUUUAAGACUCUCAAUUCUCUUUUCAUUUGGUGUUUCAUAUUACUUGACAGUCCUAUUACUAUCUCGUGAUCAUCCUACCAUUUCAGUGGCUGAUUUGUAUGUUUCUUCGCUUAACAAAACAUCAAGUUCGUUGACUAACACCACCACAAUCGAUAUUGACCUGAAAUUCAAGAAUGAGAAUUUUGGGGUAGGGAUUUACUACGAGGAUCCUCUAAAUCUCACCAUCACUUGUAUCCCACGAAACAUAACCAUUUUUAUGAUCAUUCAAGGGUUUUAUCAAGGGAACGGAAAGGUUAACCAUAUCCAAGCCUCUGCGGUGGUUCAAGACUUGUUUUCAAACGUUGAACAGCGUAGGACACUGGGAGUAAAACAUGUUUCAUUGUUUGACGCUGGGAAAGUGAUUGAUUUCAUGGUUGAUUUGGAGGCCAAAAUAAAGUUUAAGUCGAUUGAGAACAAAAAGUCAAAGCUGAUGGUCGGAUCUGCUGUUGAGGUCAACGGUAACACUGGGACGUCUAUUCUAAAGACCAUUCAAAUGAAGUAUUCUUCUGGAUCGAAUUACUGGGGAGCUGUGCAAUGGCUACUAUUCCUUCCUUUGUUUAUUUCAUUUGUGGUUGUUACUUAUAUCGCAGUUUUCAUACCUUUACUAUUAGUGGUUGUCGUUGUUUGUUAA